AUGAAGUACCACGGCGCAGUUCUCGCCUCGCUCACUGCUUCGGCAGCAGCGUUCCCCUCUAUGAUGGGCUCUCGAGAGCAGCUCGAGGACCUUCUCAAGAGGAACCCAGAGCCGGUCGCCGAGCCAGAACCUCAACUCUUCGGAGGAGUCGUUGGUGCUCUCACCGGCACCAUCACCGGCCUCCUCGGAUCAGUCGCGCAGAGCGUCAACCCGGAAAACGCCCGCCCGGAAAAGGGCUUCGAGUUCCAGGCCCCCGGACCCAAUGAUAGCCGCGGCCCUUGCCCAGGUUUGAACCUGCUGGCCAACCACGGCUAUCUGCCGCGUGACGGCCAUGUCACGCUCGGCCAAGUCAUCGAAGCUACCUCUCGCGGUUUCAACAUGGAAGCGGACCUGUCGACUAUUCUCGCUGUCUUCGCUGUCCUUGCUGAUGGAGAUAUCGCCACCGAGUCCUUCUACCUCGGCGCCGGACCUGGUGGUGUCGGUGGUUUGAACCGCCAUUCAACAGUUGAGGCCGACAUCUCUGUCAACCGAGAGGACUUUUACAACGGAUGUGGCGACAAUCACCACGUCUCAUCCCGCAUGUUCAAGCAAAAUGUCGAUAUCGUUGCCAGCAGCGCAACCAAGCAGUUCGACCUUACCAACAUGGGCACACAGUACCAGAAGAACUCCAUGUUCUCUCAGAAGUACAACCCUUACCUCUACUACUUCCCAUUUCCUUUGAUUGUCUCGCUGGGCGCCUUCGCCUUCUACCCUCAGUUCAUGAGCAACGGUACAUACGGAGCCGGAGGAGUCGCCAACUACGAGUCCAUCUCCUCCAUCAUCGGUGCCAAGUACGACGACAAGACCGGCCAGUUCCAAUACGUCCCCGAGACCUGGCCCAAGAACUGGUAUCGCCGCGCGACACCCUACGGCGCAGUUCAAACCGUUCUGGAGGGCCUUUUGGAUAUUUACAUCCGCAACCCCGUUGUCCCGGGCGUCGCCCAGCUUGGCACUGCAAACCUCAACGCCACGACUGUUCUCUGUGACCUAUACCAGGGAAUCAACUCCGUCGUGCCCCUUUUCGUUGCCGGCACGACCGAGGAAGUAGCCGCGGCUACGACAUGGGCUAUUUCCAAGCUCGAUCCCUUCUUCAGCAACACCGUGCUUGGUUGCCCGCUCAGCGUUCUCUCUCCCAACGAUCCUUCCUUCCUCUACCCCAAUGCAAAGAACCAGGGUGGUCCGCUGAACCCGCCACGGAGCGUUGCGAAGAACGUUGGUAACAAUGUUUACUACAAGACCUACUUCACCACUGCACCUACUACCCCGGCAUGCUAG